UUUUUUCGUUCUUUGUGGAAGUGGGUCAGCAGCGGGAUCGGGUUCGGGUUCGGGAGGGGGUCCUCGCCCCCUUGGACGGGGGGCCGGAGACGGAUUAUUCUCUGCGGGGCAACACCAACAAUUUCCCUUCAGUGAGUACUGAAGCCGGACCCAAGCGGGGAGGUCUGACGUUGUGUGGUGAGUUAACUUUCCCGAACUCAAACAAGAGAAAAUCUGCAGAUGCUGGAAAUGCGAACAACGCGCACAAAAUGCCGGAAGAACUCAGCAGGCCGGGCAGCAUCUAGGGGAAGAAUACAGUCGACAUUACCGGACGAAACCCUUCGGCAGGACUGGAGAAUAAAAGACCUGCGGUGAGAGGUUUAUUGGAAGAAAAACCCCAACUGGAAGCAAACCAUGGCUGAAGAUGUGGGAAUAGCAACAAGUGAACUGGCCCGAGGACUGAGAGCAUCAACUGGAGAGAACAACACUGAAUCAGCUGACUUGAAGUUCCCACUGAGUCAGUGAGGAGGAAGUUUGUUAGACCUGCAGUGAGAGGUUUGUUGGAAGAAAAACCCCAAAUGGAAGCAAACCACGACUGAAGACGGGAACAGCAAUAAGUGAACCAGCCUGAGGACUGAGAUCAUAAACUGGAGAGAACAACUGCCUCAGGAGAAUCGGAGAUUCCAUUGAUUCAGUCAGGAGAAAGUUUGGAUAAAAAACGAGAAGGAAUUUGUCUCCAGGAAUCUCAAACACGACACGCCAGUUUUGCUGCCUCUGUCUAGAUAUUUAUGAAGUGGAGCAAGGUAUUCAAUCAACCAUCCUUCCUGCUCAGACUGUGGGGAGGGAUUCACUUGGUCAUUUGAACAUCUAGCAAGCCCGUCAUCUUACAGAGGAGAAAGGCCUUUCACCUGCUCAGACAGUGGGAAUGGAUUCACUCGGUUAUCACAAUUGAAGGUAUAUCAGCAAGUUCACAAUGGGCAAGGCCAUUCACCUAUUCUGUGUGUGAGAAAGGAUUCUGUCGGGCAACCCACCUGUGGACACACCAGUCAGAUCACACUGUGCAGAGACUGGUCAUCUGCUGAAUUUCGGUGAAGGGAUUCUCUCGGUCAUCUGACCUAAUGGCACACCAGCGUGUUCACACGAGGGGGCGGCCAUUCACCUGCACAGUCUGUGGGAAGGGAUUCACUGCAUCAUCCAACCUACUGAGACAUCAGCGAGUUCACACUGGGGAGAAGCCAUUCACCUGCUCAGACUGUGGGAAGAGAUUCACUCAGUCAUCCAACCUACAGAGUCAUCAGCAAGUUCACACUGGGGAGAAGCCAUUCACCUGCUCAGACUGUGGGAAGAGUUUCACUCGGUCAUCCCGACUACUGGCACACCAGUCAGUUCAUACCGGGGAGAAGCCAUUCACCUGCUCAGUCUGUGGGAAGGGGUUCAUUCAGUCAUCCCACCUACUGAGACAUCAGCGAGUUCACACUGGGGAGAAGCCAUUCACCUGCUCAGUCUGUGGGAAGGGAUUCACUCAGUCAUCCCACCUACAGAGUCAUCAGCGAGUUCACACUGGGGAGAAGCCAUUCACCUGCUCAGUCUGUGGGAAGGGAUUCACUCAGUCAUCCCACCUACUGAGACAUCAGCGAGUUCACACUGGGGAGAGGCCGUUCACCUGCUCAGUCUGUCAGAAGGGAUUCACUGAUUCAUCCGCCCUGCAGAGUCAUCAGCGAGUUCACACUGGGGAGAGGCCGUUCACCUGCUCAGUCUGUGGGAAGGGAUUCACUGAUUCAUCCGCCCUGCAGAGUCAUCAGCGAGUUCACACUGGGGAGAGGCCAUUCACCUUUUCUGUCUGUGGGAAGGGAUUCACUCAUUCAUCCCAUGUACAGAAUCAUCAGCGAGUUCACACUGGGGAGAGGCCAUUCACCUGCUCAGUCUGUGGGAAGGGGUUCAUUCAGUCAUCUGACCUGCAGAGACAUCAGAGAGUUCACACUGGGGAGAGGCCGUUCACCUGCUCAGUCUGUGGGAAGGGAUUCACUGAGUCAUCCACCCUACAGAGACAUCAGAGAGUUCACACUGGGGAGAAGCCGUUCACCUGUUCAGUCUGUGGGAAGAGAUUCACUGAUUCAUCCCACCGACAGAGUCAUCAGCGAGUUCACACUGGAGAGAGGCCCUUCACUUGCUCAGACUGUGGGAAGAGUUUCACUCGGUCAUCCCAACUACUGGCACACCAGUCAGUUCAUACUGGGGUGAAGCCAUACACCUGCUCAGUCUGUGGGAAGGGAUUCACUCUGUCAUCAACCCUACUGGUACAUCAGAGAGUGCACACUGGGGAGAAGCCAUUCACCUGCUCAGACUGUGGGAAGGGAUUCACUCAUUCAUUCAGCCUACAGAGUCAUCUGCGAGUUCACACUGGGGAGAAGCCAUUCACCUGCUCAGACUGUGGGAAGAGAUUCACUCGGUCAUCCCACCUACAGAGUCACCAGCGAGUUCACAAUGGGGAGAAACCGUUCAUCUGCUCAGUCUGUGGGAAGGAAUUCACUCAGUCAUCCCACCUACAGAGUCAUCAGCGAGUUCACACUGGGGAGAAGCCGGUCAACUGCUCAGACUGUGGGAAGAGUUUCACUCGGUCAUCCCAACUACUGGCACACCAGUCAGUUCAUAUUGGGGUGAAGCCAUACACCUGCUCAGUCUGUGGGAAGGGAUUCACUCAGGCAUCGACCCUACUGGUACAUCAGCGAGUGCACACUGGGGAGAAGCCGUUCACCUGCCCAGACUGUGGGUAGAGUUUCACUUGGUCAUCCAAACUACACCACACCAGUCAGUUCAUACUGGGGAGAAGCCAUACACCUGCUCAGUCUGUGGGAAGGGAUUCACUCAGUCAUCCCACCUACAGAAUCAUCAGCGAGUUCACGCUGGGGAAAAGCCAUUCACCUGCUUAGACUGUGGGAUAGGAUUCACUCAGUCAUCACAACUACUGGCACACCAGUCAGUUCACAGUGGGGACUUGCCAUUGUAAUGAAUCCCUGGGUUUCCUUUGCUGUGGACUCUCAUUUUAAGAGAGAGACAUUAAGAAGAUGAAUCAGUCUGACUUGCAGCCUGUUUACAUCGCUCGCGCUUGUUUAGCUUUAACCGAGGACACAGACACUCAGAGUCAAAUGGAGACGAAGGAGGAAAAAUGGAAGGAUUGAAGCCAGGGAACUAGUGACCAAGGGUCACUGUUUAAAAGUUUCCUAUGCCCACAAGGGUGGGUUAAUUAUCGAUUCAUGUACAUCGAAUGUGUGGAAGUAACAUUGUUUGAUCCAUAGGAGUGGAUCUGAUUUGGGAUAUCCUGUGGAGACCACUUAUGUGUUAACACUUGAAUGGCUGUGGUGUGGUAGUUCACUUGAAAACAUACCCCUUGUUACAAGUCACUUUCGGUGAUAAUCAGUAUGUGGAUUUGGAAUGAUGAUGGAUAAAUUCUACAAUGACUGUUCUUUCGUUUUAACACCAUGGAACCUGAGGAAUGUACAUAUUUACAUAUCUACAUAUAUCUACAUAUUAUCUACAUAAUAUCGACAUUUUUGCCUUCUCUUGCCAUUUACCCUGGAUUACAAAUCUCUCUCUCUUAUCGCCUAUUCUGUAGUUGAACUGAACUUUCAUACUUUACCAUCUCAAGACUCCGAGCCUUGUUCCCCCGAGCUCAAUAGUUUGGGAGUUAUAUUUACACACAUUUAUAAACGUAACACUAUUAACUUCUGUUUAUCUUGUUUAAGUUGCAAUAUUACAAGUAGAUUCUAAUAAAGACAGAUUUAACAUCAAAACCAGACUCCA